GUUACGUGCUUCUAUAGAUAAUAAGUCUGUCAGCGCGGAGGUGUUGAUAGUGGGACGCACGCCGUUCUGUUUGAAAAUAGUAAACGGCACUGGUUGGGUUCCAAAGAGGACGUUAGAACUAUGGGUCAAGACUAGUGUUUUUGCGAAUUUAAAGUUUGAAUCAUUUGCCUUUAAUGGCAUGUGGCCCCUGUGCACGGGUCUCACAUGACAUUAUUGUUCCUUUAAGGAGUCAUAACUGUAACGUUGUGCCUUAUCUCAGUAGCUCAGCAUUACCCCCGUGGCUCUCCAUGCCAGUGUCUGCAGUGAUAAUUCUGGAAAUGUGGCUGGCUAGCUUGCUAACUUAAUCAAGGGAUGUCCUAGCACUCCAUAAAUGGUGCCUCUUAUGUUUCAGUGACGUUCGCACUGUCAGCCCAGCUGUGAUACGUGUUAAUAAUUUAGCUUCUGUACAUUAUCUACCGUCAGUUAUGACGUUCAUGUAAAUUGAGUGUAUGCAUCUAGCAUAAGGUUAAGAGCUAAAUAAGUUAUUCGCAACUUUUCUAACGUUAUCCAUCUGAUUGCAAUGCGUGUGCUGUUGUGCUAGUUAACGUUAGCUAACGUAAAGGUUAGCUUUUAGUAUUUCACGCAAAAGUAAUAACGUUGAAGUGAUUAUUACAAUUAUUAUUAUUAUACUAUUUCCCACGUAACUAAGAUUCUGCUGUGGUAUUUUGCCCAAAUGAAAAGAACAGUUUAUUGAAUUAAUUUGGACAUUUUGUGCAGGCUCUGAAAAGGCCACCUAAAGUUUGAGUGAAGGCGUGGUUAUUAUAAAAAUGGUUUACGCCUGUUGCAAGUGGGUUUUAUAAAGUAAGUAUUUUCAGAGAAAUUAGCAGAAGUUUUAUUUUAUUUAUGAAACCAGAUCAUUUUAAUGUUCAACCUACAAUAACAUAAAUGAGGUUUCAAAACGAUGUUGCAUCCUCAAACAACGUCAAGUUAAGUGGCACAACAGUCUGGUUUGUGAAACUGCAACACAUAACCUCAGAGACGGUUACAGCAUUUUAAAAAGAUAAAUGUUUCAGAUCUGUGGUCAUCCAAACAGGAACAUGAAGCGGAUUCGGCGUCCAAGCAGCAGUGAUGACUCCGACACUGGCAGCACAUCCACAUCCUUGUCCCAGCACUCCAAAUCUCAGAGCCGGAGAUCCAAAGGGAAGGCGUCUGAGGUUUUCAGGACAGACCUGAUCACAGCUAUGAAGCUGCACGACUCGUACCAGCUGAACACAGAGGACUACUACGUGCUGGCCGACCCCUGGAGGCAGGAGUGGGAGAAGGGUGUCCAGGUGCCUGUCAGCCCCCACUCCGUACCUCAGCCAGUUGUCUGCCCCAUGGCUGAGAAGCCCUCUGCGGUCAUGUUCAGUAGACCCAAGAAGAUGAUCCGUUCCUCCGGCGUAGAGCCUGCCGUUCUGGGCUAUGUGGGGAUCCGGACGCUGGCCGAGGGAGUCUGCCGCUACGACCUCGACGAGGAGGAUGUGGCCUGGCUGCACUACGCCAACAAAGAGCUCAGUCAGAUGGGGAUGCAGACGGUGGACGAGCUGACCAUGGAGAAGGUCAUGGAGGAGUUUGAGCGCAGCUGCUACGACCGCCUAAGCCACGCCAUGGAGACGGAAGAGGGGCUGGGCAUCGAGUUCGACGAGGACGUGGUGUGUGACGUGUGCCAGUCGCCCGACGGAGAGGACGGCAACGAGAUGGUGUUCUGUGACAAAUGCAACAUUUGUGUCCACCAGGCCUGUUAUGGAAUAAUGAAAGUCCCAGAGGGGAGCUGGCUCUGCCGUAUCUGUGCCCUGGGCAUCCUCCCGAGAUGCCAGCUCUGCCCGAAGAAGGGUGGUGCCAUGAAGCCGACUCGCAGCGGCACCAAGUGGGUCCAUGUGAGCUGUGCGCUCUGGAUCCCAGAGGUGAGCAUAGGCAACCCAGAGAAGAUGGAGCCCAUCACUAACAUCUCCCACAUCCCCAGCAACCGCUGGGCUCUCAGCUGCUGCCUCUGCAAAGACCGGUCGGGCGCCUGCAUACAGUGUUCUGCCAAGAGCUGUCGCACGGCGUUCCACAUCACCUGUGGGCAACGCGCAGGCCUCAAGAUGAGCACCAUCCUCACAGAGGCAGACGAGGUCAAAUUCAAGUCCUUCUGCCCUCAGCACUCCGGUCUCAAGACAAGCAAGGAAGAAGAGGAUGGAGAAAAGGAAGAGAUAGGAGAGGAGACGAGUCGAAGGGGCGGGAGGAAGGGCAGGGACCCCAAUUCUAACCCCCGCCCCACUCCGGACCUUCCCCACGCGGAGGGCAUCCGUCUGAGCGAGCGCAAGCAGCGCCUGCAGCAGCUGGAGGAUGAGUUCUACCGCUUUGUCUCCAUGGGCGACGUGGCCAAGCGCCUGGGGUUGCCGGGGGAGACGGUGGACUUUGUGUACCAGUACUGGAAGCUGAAGCGACGCGCCAACCUCAAUCAGCCGCUCAUCACGCCCAAGAGGGAGGAGGAGGAGAGCCUCGCCCGCCGCGAACAGGAAGUCCUCCUGCGCAGGCUCCGCCUCUUCACCCACCUGCGCCAGGACCUGGAGAGGGUGCGAAACCUGACCUACAUGGUGACGCGUCGGGAGAAGAUCAAGCGAUCUGUGUGCCGCGUCCAGGAGCAGAUCUUUCAGCAGCACAUCAAACUGCUGGAGCAUGACCGCUUCACUGGAUUGUCCAAAACGAGACGUCUGUCAGAAGCUCUGUUUUACUUCAGAGCGCCUCCGAGUGUGCCUUACUCCUCUCCCAGGGCCCUUAAAGGCCACUCAGCCCUCAACACUCCCCCUCCUCCCAGCACCGCUACCCAGGCACCCCUCAGUUCUGCGCAGGCUCCCCCCAACCCAGGGCUCAAACUGGAGGAGACCCAGCGAGCAGGAGGCACCUCCAGAUCCUCACAGGCGGAGAGCCCGCCCAAGCCUCCCAAGACCAAUGGCAUCCUUCCAGCAAAGACGCUGCGAGCCAAUGGUGUGCUUCCGUCCCAGCUGCCUCGGACCAACGGGGUUGUUCCGGGCAGGCUGCCCAAGGAAACGGAUGGCAGCCCAGACCUGGCGCCCGCUGCGAAUACCCGUCGGAUCACCCGGGGCGAAGCGACCAGAGCGGCCACGGCUAAGCCUGCCGAUUCCCGUGAGAAGCAGAGCACCAGUAACACCAUCGUAACCACGGAGACAUGCAUGCAAAUUGGGGACCUCGGCCUCCCCCACGCGCUCCCGAACCUCAUUCCUACCCUCAGGCUGACCCCCGUCACCAUCCCCCCCCACACCCAGAUCUACAACAUGGAGGACCGGAGGAGAAGACCAAGGGAUCCCUCCCCAGUCCGAUCCAAACUCCGAACCGGGCUGAGGGUCUCUCAGGAGCAGCAGCAGCAGCAGAAGCCAGUGGAGAAUGCCGACGCCACGGAGACGGUCACCCAGACCAAGGCCACUCCAUCAGCUGUUACCGUGGAAACAAAGUACAACGGAGUUCUCAGGAGGUCCAGCUCUAGCCAAGACUGUUCGGCGUCGGGGAAUCUAAAGGACUGGGGCAGUUUCCGAAUCCCCAAAAAGAGCGAGAGGACCACACGGGGGCAACAGGGGGGGGUGACGGUGGGGCAGGUAGAGCCAGAGCCCCAGGUUCCGCAUCCGGAACCCCCCCCCUGCCCCCGCAGAACAUCAGACAGAACCUCUGUGGCAACACAUGCUGCACCUCCGACGCUCAGAACACGCCUGCGGGUGGGCUCGGAGAACAACGCUAAGGGUGCCGAGAGCGGCCAGUCAGAUCAGGACGCGCAGGGCAAGCGGUGUCAAACCCAGCGCCUGCGCAGCCACGACAUCAUGGCCAGGCGCUACACCUCGGACAUCAUCCGGCGAGGGGUUUUAGCGUCCUGACUGGGACACCAACACGGGCGGGCGAGGACAGUGCUUACACUGGUAUUUAUUUUUGUACAUGUGCUACUUUUGUUCCUGUACUUUUGGACAUAUGUUUCAUUUUGAAGUGUUUUAUGUAAGACUUUAAUUUAUGUUUUGCCCCCCCCCACCCCCAGUUUGCCACAGUCUGGUGAACUGUCCUUCCUCUUAAUUCAUCAAGUUAUAAUGAAAAGUUCCUUUGGUCUUCAUCAAGAGAUUAUCCAACUCCUCUAACAUGCGUAUUAGUAGUUAGAUUUAAUAGGAAUGGGGGGGAAAAGCUUACCAUAACUGAAAUGUGACCUUCAGAGAUAUGCUGGGUAUGCAAGCUGAAACAACCCCCCUUGUAGCCUUGAAACUCACAAAACAAUUCUAGCAUACACUCACAGGUACACUAAAGGAGUAGUAUUCUGCCAUGUCUUGCUUUGUGAAAGACCAAUUCUGAAGCAGGAGAAAUGAGUCCUUACUUGCAUAUAGCUCAAUCAUGAGUGAGCUUGAAUGUCUCAGAUGUCUCCAAAAAAUGAGGGUUUUUUUCUUCCUUUAUCUGUAUGUCUAAAAUGGCCUCGAAAUGAAAUAAGCUUAUUUUAACUCUUUAAUUAUUGUAUGUCAGUUAUGUGACCAUAAUUUGUAUAUAUAUAUUGUAGCAAUAGCAAACACAUCAUUUUGAUGAUAGUAUAUGAUCCUUUUUAUGGUAUAAUAAUUUGGUCUGAGAAAAAAAAUUGUGAUAGACUACUGCAUUUGUUAAAGGUUAAUGCCUUAAAAUCUCAGUUCCUUGUAGCCUUUAACUCCCUCUAUGUAGUUGGCUGGCUAAUCCUAAACCGCAUUUGGUGAUGUACAUAGCUUAAUUAAAGGUAUUCAUGAUUCAUUUUCAUUGGCCCGUUAAAUUGUGAAGUCCUCAUCCUUUGAUUUCAAAGAAUAGUCUCACAGAAAAUCAUGAAUUCAGGUUCAUUUGGAUACUCUGUGGGACUAUAUCAACAGUAUUCCCCAAUGCAGUACUCUCAGUUAAUGCAGUGCAUCAGAAGAUGGCACUUAAAAGAUGUGUAGGUUGUUCUGUGUUGAAAGUAUUUGUACUGAGAUGGGCCCAAUGCUUUUUUCCAUGUCUUAAUGAAAUGCAGUUUUUAUACCGACAGCCAAAGGGGGGCGCCAUGUAUUUUCCAAAAGCAAAUGUUUUCCGACUACCAGCAGUAAUCAGGAUCCAGAGCUCCGUUUCUUUUAAGGCCAUUAUCAUGCUCUUGUCUGUUUCUAAUGAUAUUAACCAAUUUGUAGAAUCACCUGGCUUAAAACGAAAUACUGCUUAGCACCCUCUGGUGUUGUAGGCAGGAAUUGUAUGCGAAAGAAGAACGAACCCGAAGGGCGAGCGCAGUGGGGCCAAGGCCCUUGAGGUUAGACUGCAGAUCCACCCCGUGCCUAUUGUUAAUUUACAUGUUGCACUAAUAGAGAAUGGAAAGGCGACAGUGACUGUGUUCAGGUAAUUAUUUUUUCAUACGGAAAGAUAUUUUAUAUGAAGCGCUGCUGUCUUAUUUUUUGUUAUGCAGAUCUAUUUUGUUUUGUCUCGUCAGAUUGUGAAUAAAUUUAAUUUCUCUGAGAUUAA